AUGUCUCAAAUUAUGGUCGAAGCUUUUGCAAGAAGUUUAAUCGAUAAGAUAAUGUUGGAAGCUUUCGACGUGAUUGGUACAAAUGACGGUGAGCAAUUAUCGUCUCGCAGAGGCAGUAUUUGAUUAAUCUCUUUUUUUAGAGGAUUGACACGCGUAUGAUAUUCUCUAUUAAUUUGCAAAAUAUUAUUACAUACGUCAGUAAUUCAGAUCUUUCUGAUACUAAAAGGAAUGUAUUUAACUUGAGUAUUAUUCGCAUAAUUAUCAACAAGGACAUUAUUCGAAAUAAUUGGCAAUAAUUAAUUGAAAAUUAUUGGGAAUAAUGUUGUCAGAAAAGUUACAAAUGCUGGAUAAUGAGGAAGAACGUGGUAUCCAGUCGCAGAGCAUUCGAACAGUACAGCAAAUACAAAAUCGUUUACGCACAGAUUGCAACGAGUCAGGAACCACGGAAGCAAUAGAAAAGAUGGUGCUUGGUUUACGCAAUCUGCAAAUUGGAGAUUCGACUUCCAUGCCGUAUCACCUAUCCAAGUUAGAAAAACAGGUCAAGCAUGUGGUGCGUAAUAUCGACGGCGUUUCACACGUGGACCCGGCCGAUUUUCUAGAAAUGCACCGGACCCAGGGUGAAGGCGAUGUGCAUCAAAUAGUGCACGAUGCAGUUAUCGAAACCAUAGCGGAGCCGAUGUCUACCGAUGCGGGGAAGGAACUUGAUAAUUCUAACGAAGCGACUAGAGUAUCUAUCAGUCUGCUGCAUCGAAUGAUCGAGGAACUUGAAACGAAAAUGGAAGAACCCGACCAGAAGGAGGAGGCUGUUAGCAAAGGAAAGAUCGAGAUUUGGGAGGAAACGGAGGAACGAUUCAUAAGAACCAUCGAAAGUAUCGACGAUCCUGAUCAUCAGAAUAACAUGGACCUCGUGAACGAGGACAACGUGUGUAAUUUCGCGUACGAGGAGAUCACAUCUUCAACGCCUUUCAUGAAAAAUGUCUCGUUGGAGGAGGUAACGAUCGAAGAGGUUACAUCCUCGCCCAUGUCCGAUCGCGAGGACGUAACGUCCGGUAAAUCGAAGAAGAUGACCCACGACAGCGAAACGCAGUCGGAAGUGCCGAAGAGGAAGGGUAUACUAAGUAGAACGCGGAAAUUAUUACGAACUAUUUUUGGCCGUCGGAAGAAAUGA